AUGACGCCAACUUCGGGGGCCGAUGGGUCUCGCAUGACUUCUAUUUGGCGCUUACGGCGAUCGAAAAAUGUCCCUGAACUAUCCCCCGACUCGACAUUCACGCCGUUCUCACUCGACCCCGACACAGUGGGUGAUCUCGUGCAGUCUAGGGAUGUGCAGAAACUGCAAUUUCUCGGUGGUGUAAGGGGUCUGGAGGAGGAAUUACGAACCGAUGUCCACUCCGGCUUGAGCUUGGAUGAGACAUACCUCGAUGCUUCCGCUGUGUCUACCAAUGCAACCUCUGUGGAUAAAGUGACUAUCCCUAAACUCCCUCUCAAGGCAGAAUCCCAGCACCAUGCAUUUAUCGAUAGGAGGAGGUAUUUUGGGGAUAAUCGCCUACCUACGAAACCACCUCCGAGCUUUCUAUGGUUGAUGUGGGCGGCUUACAAUGACCACGUUUUGUUUCUCCUAACUGGUGCUGCUAUCAUCUCGCUUGCCUUAGGUCUGUACCAGACAUUCGGCACCAAGCACUCGGCCAGCAAUCCUCCCGUUGAAUGGGUUGAAGGUGUAUCGAUCCUCGUCGCUAUCGUUGUUAUUACCCUCGCCGGUGCUGCGAAUGAUUAUCAGAAGGAACACAAAUUUCGAAAACUCAAUAAGAAGCAGCAAGAUCGCAAGGUGUGGGUGCUUCGCUCUGCGCGGACUCACGAGGUUCCUGUUUCUGAGAUUGUUGUUGGUGAUAUUGUUCAUCUCAGUCCAGGUGAUAUUGUGCCGGCUGAUGGAUUGUUGAUCAGGGGUCACCAGGUCAAGUGCGAUGAGUCCUCGGCGACAGGGGAGUCUGAGCCCGUGGAUAAAUGCUCGCUUGAGCUAGGUUCGACUCAUCAUAAAGGUGCCAGCCUCGAUCCUUUCAUCCUGUCCCAUACAAAGAUUGUAGAGGGUGUCGGUAUCUUCCUUGUUGUGGCAACCGGCGCACGAUCAAGCUAUGGACGGAUCCUACUCUCGCUUGACACUGACCCCGGGUUCACUCCUCUGCAAGUCAGACUUAGCAGGCUGGCCAAGAAUAUUGCCAACUUUGGUGGUAUUGCUGCUCUCGUACUUUUUGUGAUUCUCUUUAUCAAGUUUCUGGUCGGUCUACGUCACAGCAUCGAAACUCCCUCUGAAAAAGGCCAGUCCUUUUUGAAUGUUUUUAUUCUCGCAUUGACAGUCGUUGUGAUCGCUGUCCCAGAGGGUCUCCCAUUGGCUGUUACCCUUGCAUUGUCCUUUGCCACAACUCGUAUGAUGAGAGACAAUAAUCUAGUCCGUCAACUCCGCGCUUGUGAGACUAUGGGACAGGCCACAGACAUUUGCUCAGACAAAACAGGUACUUUGACUGAGAACAAAAUGACCGUUGUCUCGGGCUUUUUCGGUACCACCUCCCAGUUCACUGAUGGCACAGCCAGUCCUCAUAUUAUCGGCAACGAAAAGAUGAAAUCUGUAUCAGAGUGCAUGACCAGCCUCUGCCACCGGACAACAGACCUGUUGAAACACUCAAUUGCAAUCAAUUCAUCCGCAAUCGAACGCCAAGACGGUGGAGGUAGGGAGUUCCUCGGCUCUCAAACCGAGGCAGCCUUGCUGCAAUUCUCUCAGGAUUACCUAGGCUUAGGUCAGCUUGAUCAUUACCGUGCUAGUGUUGAAAUUUUGGAUCUACUUCCUUUCGAUGCAUCUCGCAAAUACAUGGUCACAGUUGUCAAGCUACCCGGUGGCUCAUACCGUGCAUAUGUCAAGGGUGCUCCUGAGAUUCUCCUAGCAAAAGGUGCUUCUAUUACAAGAGAACCGAUGCAUGAAGUCCAGGUCUCUCCUAUAGCAGAGACUGAUAUCGAACAUGUCGGUGGGAUAAUGACACAAUACGCUUCUCGAUCCUUGCGCACUAUUGCAGUCUGCUUCCGUGACCUUGAAAAUUUGCCUCUCCGAGGUGAUGAAGAAGGAAUCGACUUUGAGGAAGUGAUAAAAGGCCUCACGCUCCAAGGGAUUUUCGGUCUAAAGGAUCCCCUUCGAGCUGAUGCAUGGGAUGCUGUGCAGAUGAGUCACAAGGCAGGUCUGACUGUCCGAAUGGUCACCGGAGACAAUCAUCUUACAGCAAGAGCCAUUGCUGGGGAAUGUGGAAUUAUCACAGGUCCAGAUGACAUCGUGAUGGAAGGUGAUGAGUUCAGAGCCCUCAACGAUGUCCAGCAGAAAGAAAUAGUCCCCCACUUGAAAGUUCUGGCACGGUCUCGUCCAGAUGAUAAGCGGGUACUGAUUCAGCGGCUCAAGGACCUCGGCAGGGUUGUUGCUGUCACUGGUGAUGGAACUAACGAUGCGCCCGCUCUUGCAGCCGCUGAUAUCGGUUUCUCAAUGGGAAUUUCCGGUACUGAAAUCGCCCGUGAAGCUUCUUCGAUUGUUUUGCUGGACGAUACCUUCUCUUCAAUUGUGAAAGCCAUCAUGUGGGGAAGGGCAGUGAGCGACGCAGUGAAGAAGUUCUUGCAGUUCCAAAUCACCAUUACAUUUACCUCAGUCGGACUAGCAUUUGUCUCCGCUGUAGCGGACUCAUCAGAGGAGUCCGUCCUAACCCCAGUGCAAUUGAUGUGGGUGAACCUGUUCCAAGACACGCUGGCAGCUCUGGCUCUCGCAACAGACCCACCUCCCCGUAGAAUCCUAGACCGAAAGCCCGAGCCCACAUCUACGCCAUUGAUAACACCCAACAUGUGGAAGAUGAUCAUCGGUCAGUCUAUCUACCAGAUGGUCGUGACACUCGUGCUAUACUUCGCUGGUGCUGCCAUCUUCUCCUACCAUGGAGAGCAUCAAACGUCACAGCUGCAGACUGCUGUUUUUAAUACCUAUGUCUGGAUGCAAAUAUUCAACAUGUACAACAACCGCCAAAUAGAAAGAUCCUUCAACCUAAUUGAAGGAAUCCACCGCAAUUAUCUUUUUAUUGUUAUAACAAGUGUGAUGAUGGGCGCCCAAAUCUUGAUUAUGUUCGUUGGUGGCCAGGCGUUCUCAAUAACGAGACUGACCGGUGAUCAAUGGGCGUAUUCCUUGGUUCUGGGCUUCAUUUCUAUCCCCGUUGGCUUUGUUCUGCAAGCUGUUCCUACAGUCAUCGUUGAAAAGCCGAUGACUUGGAUGGGGAAUUUGUGUGAUAGGAUCCGUCGUCGGUAG